GUUACGGAAGCCGGGGAGGGCUGAGCACAAGGUCUACUUCGAGGAAGUUAACCUCGGAAGCCGGGGUAGUGGUAGAGAAGAGCUAUUUCAGGCCCAAUGGCGACUGUGGAAGCAAGCGACAGCGAUGGGAAAGGGCAAGGGGUCGAGACCUCCGUCACAUAUUAUCGAGUGGAGGAGGUGGCGAAGCGCAACUCCAUGAAGGAGAUAUGGCUGGUGAUCCACGGGCGAGUCUACGAUAUUACCCGUUUCCUUAACGAGCAUCCUGGGGGAGAAGAGGUUCUGCUGGAACAAGCUGGUGCAGAUGCAAGUGAGAGCUUUGAAGAUGUCGGCCACUCCGCUGAUGCCAGAGAAAUGCUAAAGCAGUACUAUAUUGGUGAUGUGCAUCCGAAUGACCUUAAACCUGAAAGUGGUAGCAAGGACCCUUCGAAAGAUGCCCCAUGCAAAAGUUGCUGGUCGUACUGGAUUUUGCCCAUCCUAGGCGCUAUUGUCUUAGGUUUCCUGUACCGUUACUACACGGCGGAAAGCAAAUCCUCCUGAGGAGACCGUGUGGAAGUUGGAAAGCAUAUCCAUUGGGAGUGCGAGCUAGAGACUUGUUUGGAGGCCGAGCGAUGCCCUCUUCUCGAAUCCUGCUGGGUGUGUGCUUCCCCCUUGGAGGCCAGAUGGUUGGCCAGACGCCCACCCCAGACCUGGGGCCAGUGUCCUUCAUUUCCCAGAGCCUUACUCCCAAAGCACCUGCUCAUUGUUCUGUGUCCCUGCCAGUGCCCCUCUCUCCACUGGCUUCCACCAGCCCCUUUGUGUUUCCGAACUUGGUUUUAUAAUUACAAUCCAAAUGUCCUAGUGACAUUGUCCUUUGGUGAAAAUGCCUGCUUUCCA